AGACUUCUGUAUUUUCUAUUGCCGGAUUUAUAGCACAGAAAGUAAUUGACAGUUAAAGGUGUGCUUUAAAAUUUUUUAUAGAAAUCUAUACGAUAAGUUAAUACUUUUGUGUUUUUUACUACUAGUGGUUAGCGUUUUAUCACCUGUAAGAAAUAGGAAGAAUUUCUUGCUGUAUUUUUCAAUAAUGUUGUGGGAUUAUGAAAAAAAAGAAGAAAAAAAAGGGACUUUCCAACAAGGGAUGUUGAAAAUGUUGUCUAGGAAACGAACAGUUAAGCAUAUACAAUUUGUUAUACAAUGAGUGAAACUAAAGAUAAACCAGAUGAGCAGCAGGCCAAAACAUUUGAUGAAAAGGAAGCAGAGGAAGAUGAAGAAGAUGAAGAAGAAGAUCCUUACUACAAAAUCAUUGAAAAGUCAGGAUGUGGGAAAGAGCACUUCACUUUACAGGAUUGUUUUUACGAGAAGCAUGAUUGGAGGAAGUGUGCCAAAGAAAUGAAGCAAUUUAAACAGUGUAUGGACGAACAGAGAAAGAAGAAAUGAAGCAAUUUAAACAGUGUACGGACGAACAGAGAAAAAAGAAACUCUUGUGUGACCUCUGACUGUUGAAAGAAACAGUUUAGAAGGGUGUGUCUUGGCGCCGUUGGCCAUGGAAGAGAGCAGAAUUAAGCCUCAAUUUUUUUAGCAACAGUUCAUGGUCAAACUGACCAACUUAAACUUUAUUACACUGAAGUUUUGGACAAGAAUUAACAGAAAUCCGAUGUGGCGGAAGUAUCCUGCAUAGAAUUUUUUUUUUUCAUUUUGCGUUUUAUAAUAUUGUAUUUAGCAACACCGAUGCCAAAAAGUCGUAAUUCUUUCACUUUAAUUUUAUGUUAAUUUUUUAUUUAAAAAAAAAUGCUCAAAACCUUUCCCAAGAAGUUUAUCAUUUUGAGAAUAAUUUAUUUGAGCUAUUUAGUUGAUGGUGCAGUACGUGAGUUAAUUAUUCGGCAGAUGCUGUGAAUGUUCAUUGAUAUUUAGGCAUAAGUUUUGCGCAUAAAUUAUCGUAAUUUAUGUUUUGUAAAUAAUUUACGUGAAAGAUCAUAGGGAAAUGUAAA